CUCUUAUAAGCCAGACGUGAAGACAUUUAUAAAGCCUCGCGAGACAGGUAAUUUCUGCAUUAUAUAUUGUUUCAACAGGCAGAUGAGCCAACAGAGGAAACCCCAGCAACGAAACCCAUAGUUGGGAUCAUCUAUCCACCUCCUGAGGUCCGAAACAUCGUUGACAAGACUGCCAGUUUUGUAGCCAGGUUGGCUUUUCAGUCUCAUUCUGUCAUGUUUUUAUAAAAUUAUAUAAAGUCUUAUGUAUGACGUCAUAUUGCAAUGAUUAUGCAUCAUUUUCCUUCCAUUAAUUCUCAGGAAUGGACCAGAGUUCGAGGCAAGGAUCCGUCAGAAUGAGAUCAACAACCCAAAGUUCAACUUCCUGAACCCCAACGACCCAUACCAUGCCUACUACCGCCACAAAGUCAAUGAAUUCAAGGAGGGCAAGGGCCAGGAGCCGUCUGCAGCCGUACCAAAGGUCAUGCAGCAGCAGGCCCUGCAGAACUCACAGCAGCUUCCUCAAAAGGUGUGCCUUCCUAGGCAUUUGGUGGUUCCUUAUCUAUUGAUUUUAUAAAUCACUGAUUGUCAAUAGUUCACUUUAAAGUGUAAGACGUGAUUGAUGCCUAAAAAGAGCUAUUCUAAGUUAUGGUUUCCUUUACCGGUAGGUGCAGGCUCAGGUGAUUCAUGAGACAGUGGUGCCAAAGGAGCCUCCACCCGAGUUUGAGUUCAUUGCUGACCCUCCUUCAAUCUCAGCAUUCGACCUGGAUGUUGUCAAGCUGACCGCCCAGUUUGUUGCUCGCAACGGGCGCCAGUUCCUCACACAGCUCAUGCAGAAAGAACAGCGAAACUACCAGUUUGACUUCCUGCGACCUCAACACAGCCUCUUCAACUACUUCACCAAGCUGGUGGAGCAGUACACUAAGGUACAGCGUUGUACCAAUUAUUCUUGAUUGUGGCAUAUACCUUGUUGAAAUAUAUCAUUCAAAUAGUUUGGUUUGUUAGUAGUAGAACAUGUCUUCAGCUCGUUGUGAUGCUCACCUGUGUUUGUCUUGGGUCUUUUUCCCCUAGAUUCUGAUCCCUCCCAAGGGACUUCUGAUAAAGCUGAAAAGAGAGUCUGAGAACCCCAGGGAGGUGCUGGACCAGGUAUGUCCCUGAAGCUUCGAUGUAGGGUUUACCCACCAUAAGCUCUUAAAAUUGCCAAAUUCUAUAAUUCCAUGCAUUAACAGCUUAUCACCUGGCUUUACCAACAGGUGAGGUACCGUGUUGAGUGGGCGAAGUUCCAGGAACGUGAAAGGAAGAAGGAGGAGGAGGAGCGGGAGAAAGAGCGUGUGUCCUACGCCCAAAUUGACUGGCAUGACUUUGUAGUGGUGGAGACCGUGGACUUCCAGCCUAAUGAACAAGGUAGUGAAAUUAACUGUCAGCAAUACAAAUUAAUAUGAAUAGAUAGUUCAUUUUCUGUUCCUGAGAGAUUGUUAUUCACCCCCUGUGUCACUUGUUUCGUAAUGAUGAUGUUAUGACUUGUGUUCCAACAGGCCACUUCCCCCCACCCACCACACCUGAGGAGCUGGGAGCUCGCAUCCUGACCCAGGAGCGUUAUGACAAGUUUGGAGAGAGCGAGGAGGUGGAGAUGGAGGUUGAAAGCGAGGAUGAGGAGGACGAUGAGCGGGAGGAGCGGGAAGAUGGGCGUCCCACACAGCCUGAUCAGGACACACAGCUGCAAGACAUGGAUGAGGUUAGUAGACACAUAUCUGUUUCAGUAUACACACACAACAGUAGGAUGUCAUUAACAGCUUAUUACUCCUUCAGAGUUACUGAUUUGAAUUUGAAUGUAAUAUUACUAUUAUUAGGAAAUAGUGUAAUCAAGAUGCCUUCUCCCCAGGGUUCUGAUGACGAGGAUGAUGGCAAGGCACCAUUGCCCCCAGACAACCCCAUGCCACCCCCACUGCCCCCUACUCCUGACCAGGUCAUUAUCCGCAAGGACUAUGACCCCAAAGGUGAGAGAGAUUGCGUCAUCAGGAUCUAAACACCCCUUAUGCUAGAUGUUUUUAAUAUCAUGUACGACAUAAAGGACAAGAAAAUACAUGCCUAUUCUUCAUUUGCCCUUACGUUUGAUCCCUUAUUCUUGCCCUGUAGCCUCCAAGCCACAGCCUCCAGCCAAGACUCUGGAUGAGUACCUCAUCUCUCCCAUCACGGGUGAGAGGAUCCAAGCCAGUAAGAUGCAGGAGCACAUGCGCAUUGGACUACUGGAUCCCCGCUGGCUGGAGCAGAGGGACCGGGGCAUCAGAGAGAGGCAAAUCGAGGACGAGGUUUACGCCCCUGGCAUGGACAUUGAGAGCAGCCUGAAACAGUUGGCUGAGAGGCGUACUGAUAUCUUUGGUGUGGAGGAGACAGCCAUCGGUAAGAAGAUUGGAGAAGAGGAGAUCCAGAAGCCUGAAGAGAAGGUGAGUGCAAGUGGAGAGAGGGAAUGCCAUUUUUUUUUUUGUGUGUAAAAUAAAUGUCUUAAGAGGAAUCGAUUUACUAGUCAUUAGGUUAUAAUCUCUAUUUAACUUAUUUAUUUUCAUUGUCAUUGUGAGGUCAGAGUUUUUACUUAACGCACCUUCCUUCCUUAGGUGACCUGGGAUGGGCACUCUGGCAGCAUGGCGCGUACUCAGCAGGCAGCACAGGCCAACAUCACCCUACAGGAGCAGAUUGAGGCCAUUCACAAGGCCAAGGGACUGGUGCAGGAGGAUGAAAGCAAAGAGAAGAUUGGACCGAGCAAGCCUGAGCUUUACCAUCAUCAUCAAUCACCCCUUAUCUCCUCUGCCCCCCUUCUGCCCAAACCCAGCCCUCCAAUGAACACGAUGGCUCGGGCCCCUCCUUCCGUAAGUUGCUUUCUUGUUCAAUAGAAGUGCUAAAGCAUUCAUUUUCUGUAACAUUAAUUUGUCAAUAUAUAAGGUUGACUGUCUUUUUCCUUGUGAAUCAUGCAGAUGCCGCCCCCUGUACGCACCACUCUCCUUUCAGCUGUGCCUGUGAUUCCACGGCCCCCCAUGGCCCCUGUGCAGAUGCGCCUGGCCCCAGGGCAGGUUCUAACACCCAUGCCUCCCAUGAUGCAUGCUCCCCGCAUCAACGUGGUGCCCAUGCCCCAACCACCUCACAUGAUGGCCCCCAGACCACCCCCCAUGGUGGUCCCAACUUGUAAGAGAACCAUUGCUAUACUAUUCCCACAGUGUUAAAUACUUUGAAAUCCAAUGAAUGACUUCAGAAAUACGCAAUGCAACAAAUUACUUUAUUUACCAUUUUUAAGCAUGUUAUUGAUUGACUGAUUUUAAUCUUCUUCCCUGUCCAGCAUUUGUCCCUGCCCCUCCCGUCCCGCUGCCCCCCCGCCCUGACCCGCAGCCACCUUCCCACCCACCCCCACGCCAUGAUGAUGAGCCUGCCAGCAAGAAGAUGAAGACAGAGGACAACCUUAUACCAGAGGAGGAUUUCCUCCGCAUAUACAAGGUUUGUUGGCCAAUUAAAUGUCAAGGACUAAUGGCAAAAUGCGGUAGUGUGAAUGAUCCAUGGCUGGAUUUAGAUAUGCCAUGUCGAUCAUCCUAUGCUUGCUGUUGGUAGUUCUGUAUAUUGACAUGUAAGGGUUCCUGUACAAAUAUAAUUAUUCAACUGUAUAUUAUUUUAUAGGGUUCAGUGUCGGUCAAAGUGCAAGUUCCCAACAUGCAGGACAAGACGGAAUGGAAGCUAAGUGGACAAGCGCUCAAUUUCACUGUCCCACUCACAGAUCAGGUAUGUUAGUAGUUCACCCACCAUUCCACUCUCCCUUUUACCCAUACAGUAUAUAUUCUCAGGAGUGCACGUCCAUUAAGUCAAAUUUUCUGGAAUAUUUCUGAACUUCCAAUUCUCUCACCACAGGUAUCUGUUAUUAAAGUCAAAAUCCAUGAAGCCACUGGCAUGCCAGCUGGAAAACAAAAGCUACAGUAUGAGGUAAGCAUUGUCGUGCCCAUUUCAAUAAUUGUAUGUGUAAAUGUAAACUGACAUGAUUGGUUAUCAUUGGAGUCAUUUACAUCUAUCACUUCUUCCAUUACAGGGAAUUUUCAUCAAAGAUUCUAACUCGCUGGCCUACUACAACAUGAACAACGGUUCAGUCAUACACCUGGCACUGAAGGAGAGAGGUGGGAGAAAGAAGUGA